AUGUCAAUAGUGGCUUCAUUUGUUUCCGAAUGUGUUCGAAAUGGUCGUUGGAUUCGAGGACUUUUGGCGCUUCAUGGGAGUCUUCACUCAGAUGAAGUAGAUGUUUCCAAGGCAAGAAUUCAAUUGGCGACCACAAUAAUUAAUAAAGAUUGGUGCACUGCAUUAGCUUUGGUGAGAACGAAAGAUACUUUCUAUUUAGAUGAACUAUCUAAAUUCAUCUAUGAAUGUUCUAGGAGUGCUUAUUUUCCUUCAGAAGUCUUUGUUAACGUUGUUGAAACAUUUCUCCAGAGUGUAAGAGGGAGGAAUGAGAGCCAGAAUCGGAUUUUUGUUUCGGCCAUUAAGUGGACAACAUGGAAUCAGGCUCUGCAGUUUCUCACCAUGUUGGAAUCCCCAGAUGGAAAAAGCAUAAAAGAAAUAUCUGAGUGGCUUAGGAUUAGUCGCGUGUUUGGGAGCAAUGAAAAGAGGUAUAUCAUAAACACCGUACUUAUGCAAUUAAACUCCUCUGACCUAGACCACCUGAAGGUGGCAACUCAAGCUAAUCAAAGAACAAAAAGGGCGUUACCGGUUUUUUCAGCAACAGGUCGACAAGAAAAUUCUGGAUUGGUUAAAGCCUUAAACUCUUUAAAGACAAAUGAUUUCCUCAGCAUGACAUCGGUAGCAGGGGUUGCAAAUGCGACGAUGCGUGGGGAAAAUGUUUCGUGGAAACUGGCUCUUUCUCUUGUUUUGAAACAUCGAGUUGUGGAGGAUUUGAAUGAAAUGUUUGCCAGGCUAAUCGGGGUCUGUUGUCCCCAAAACUGGCGCGUUGCUCUUGAUCAUUUCCAUUUGGAAGGAAAAUUUGCCUUGUGGCUUGCCUCAUGCCAGAGUUGGAGAGCCGGUUUAAUAGUAUCACAAUCGAAUUUGAUACCCGUUUCUGAGGCGUACGAUAUUCUCAGUCGAUGCGCCACACCAAAUACAGAAUCAAGAAAACUCAUCACUCUUUCUGGAGCGAGUAAGAGAAUUUGUGCUCCCAGCAAAAGGGCAAUUGCCUCAAUGCUUGCCAGUGGAUAUCUUCUUGAAGAGCUUCAGUUGAGUGCGUUUUCAAAAGUAUGUCAGCGUACGGGAGAUUGGGAAUCUGCACUCUUUCUUUUCGAUCGUGUUGCCACAGAUGAGUUUCAGCGACGCGCCAUUUUUUCCCUUUUAGAGUCUUGUCCGAAUACCACUACGGAGAAAGUACUUGGACUUGUGAAUAAUCUUCAUCCUGCGAGUGCCUCAACAACUUACAUGAUGAUAAAACACUCAAAGAGUUGGACUGAGGCUCUGCAUAUUUUGCGUUACGUAAUGGCACGGGGAACCCGAUGUAACCCGCAAAUUUUGAGUGCCUUUAUGGACGUCGAUCCUCCGUUUAAUGUUCUCUCUCUGGUGCUUGGAAAAAUGAAAAAUGCGACAAAUAAAGGUAUUCUUCGUCGUUUAAAGUCACGGGAAAAUGGUGGUUUUUCUCGGUAA